CAGCCCCAGAGCCAUCCGCCUCGCGUUCGUAUAGGGCUCCAACGCGCGGGGAUCAGGGGCUCUGCGCGUCGGGGUUCCGUAGCCGGAGACCAGCACAGUAGGGACAGUGAAAACGAGCGUGAGGUGGGCAAAGACUCUCAUCGUCCGGUCCUCAGAGGAGAAACGAGCGGAGGAAAAGGGAGGACGAAAGCAAGCGACGGUUUUGAAAAUGAGGUCUUGUUGGCGAUGCUCAGGCACCCGUCUCCUGUCGUUCACUUGCUGAACAUUUUUGGCAGCUGGUAGGGAAAGCAUUGGAGGUGCAAAUCUUCUGGAAAACAGCUGUAUAACCCUAACCAUAGGCUUGGACUACUG